CUUUGCGCCAUAGGCCUCUAUUCACCAAUCGCCUCCUUCUGGCACUGGAGCUCUCGAUAAAAAGAUCCAUCCGCUGGCCAUAUAGCUCCUAUUUCUCGUCAACAUGAAGUUUAGAGGGCUUCUUCUAGCUCCUCUCGCCUUUGGCGCCACUCUCGUCGCUGGCCAACAAAAUGCGGACCCAGGAAAAGCCUUUGUCGAUGCUCUUACCGCCAGUGGCUUGACUAUGCUGAGUCAGGUAGUCACUAACUUCACUCAGGCAAUCGGCCCGGUUCUCGCCAAAGGUGGCAACAUGACGUUGCUGGCACCCACCAAUGCUGCUUUCAAGAAGCUUGGAUCAAUGCCUUCUGCUCAGCAGCUUCCUGCGAUUCUCGCAUACCACCUCGUCAAUGGUUCGUUGUCCUAUGAAAAUCUGCACAAAGCACCAGGCAAUCGCAUCGUUGCGCCUACGGAACUCAUCGGCAGCCCACUUGUCAACAUGCUGCAACAGCCUCAGGUGGUCGUCGUCCAAGCCAGCAACAGCACCAGCGACAAGGCAGAAAUCCCUAAUCCCUUGGCCGACGAAGUCGCCAGCUUUGAAAACACGACCGAUGGACCUCGUCUUGGCAACGUCCUCAUCCAGCCCAUCGACCACUUCCUUACUAUCCCCGGCAACCUUUCCAGCAUAUUGCAGGAAGAAGAUGAUCUGUCGACGAUCCGAGCGCUUCUGGACAGAAACCAGACGGUCGACAUCCUUUCCUCCACGCCAUCCAUCACCCUUUUUGCGCCCGAGGACAAGGCAGUGGCCAAUGCGACAGGAGCACUUAGCAAGGCGACCACGCAAGACAUCGCAAACAUCCUCGCCAACCAUGUUCUGAACGGCACAGUGGCCUACACGGCCUGGAUUCAGUCGGGUCAAAUCAAGGCCGAUCAGACGUCGGCAUCGGGCGAGUCGGUCAAGUUCCGCACAGAGGGCAACGAGACGUUUGUAUCUACGGGGUCCAUAGAAGCUCGGAUCAUCAAAGCAGACAUCCUCACGAACAAUGGCGUCGUCCACGUCGUCGAUCGCGUUCUCGUCAACACGCAGUCGAACCCUGCUGCGGCUGCCACCGCUGCCGACACGGCGCGCAAGAAUAGCACCAGCAAGAGCUCCCAGGGUGGACACAAGGACGCCUCCACGCCAUCGCCCAACAUCUCUGCUGCAGCCGUCUCUGCGGCUUUCAUCAUUGCUGCCUUCUACCUCACCAUGUGAAGGCCACCAAUCUCCUCUGCCUUUCUCAAUUCUCUUCCACCCUUCCAUGUGCCCUGUUCCAUUUCUGGUCUGGUACUCCCCUUAUCUCCAAACUAAUACCUGUGUCUCUUCUACUAUCACGGUCCGUGAGGUGGCUCUUGUCAAC